AGGACCUGAGAGAGAGCGGCAUAGACGUCACUGACGCCUCAGUGUAUUCUGGGAUUUGCACUGAGAUCUUUAGAGAGGAAUCUGUGAUUUAUCACAGGAAGGUUUACAGCUUUGUACAUCUGAGCUUUCAGGAGUUUUUUGCAGCACUGUAUGUGUUUUUCUGCUAUUUACACAAAAACAGUGAGGUUCUGAAAAUGUUCCUGACAGGAAAGUCCAGAACUCAGUGUGAGGAUGUUUCUCUGGAUGUGUUUCUGAAGGGAGCAAUGAAUAAAGCCUUAAAGAGUAAAAACGGACACCUGGAUCUUUUCCUUCGAUUUCUUCAUGGCAUCUCACUGGAGUCCAAUCAGAGACUCUUACAGGAUGCACUGAUACACACAGAGAACAACCCAGAGAGCAUCAAGAAAAUAAUCCACAACCUCAAACGAGGUAAAAAAAACAACGUCAGUCCUGACAGAUGGAUAAAUCUGUCACACUGCUUGAUUGAGAUGAAAGAUAAUUCUGUUGUCGAAGAAAUGCAGGCAUUUUUAAACUCUAAUACAAAAGAAAAAAGUCUUUCUCUUGCACAAUGCUCAACUUUGGCAAACAUAAUCCUGAUGUCAGAGGAGGUGCUGGAUGAGUUUGAUCUUAAAAAAUUCACCACUAAAUCAAAAGAUGGGAGACAGAGACUGUUACCUGCUGUGAGGAACUGCAGAAAAGCUCUAUUGACAGGCUGUGAUCUCACUGGUCAGCACUGUGAAAUUGUAGCUUCAGCUCUACAAUCAUCAAACUCCCUGAGAGAGCUGGACCUGAGUAACAAUGACCUGCAGGAUUCAGGAGUGAAACUGCUCUGUGCUGGACUGAAGAGUUCAAACUGUCAACUCAACAUACUGAGCUGUGAUCUCACACUGGAUCCAAACACAGCACACGCUCGACUCGUUCUGUCUGAGGAGAACAGAAAGGUGACGCGAGUGUCUGAGGAGCAGUUAUAUCCUGAUCAUCCGGACAGAUUUGAUGAGUAUAAUCCUCAGGUUCUGUGUUCAGAGAGUCUGACUGGACGCUGUUACUGGGAGACUGAAUGGAGGGGAGCUUAUCCUGAUAUAUCAGUGGCUUAUAAAGGAAUCAAGAGGAAAGGAAAGUGUGCUGACUGUGUGUUUGGAGGUAAUAUGAACUCCUGGAGUCUGUUCUGCUCUAAUAACAGAUUCACUGUCCGUCACAAUAAUAACUUCACUGAGAUCUCUGCUGCUUCAGACUCCUGUAAGAGAGUAGCAGUGUUUCUGGACGAACCGAGCGGCUCUCUGUCCUUCUACAGCGUCUCUGACACACACACACUCACACACUUACACACAUUCACACACACAUUCACUCAACCUCUACACGCUGGAUUUUACCUUAAUUACAACUCUUCAGUGUCUCUGUGUCACAUUAAACAUUAAACUCUCUCUCACACACACUCACACACACAUUCACUCAACCUCUACACGCUGGAUUUUACCUUUACCUUACAACUCUUCAGUGUCUCUGUGUCACAUUAAACACUAAACACACACACACACACACACAU